UAUUGUUUUUCAACUGCAGAUUAGAGAGGAUUCAUUGUUCAACGGGUGAUUUUCUUCUACGAAAGUAGUGUUGGAUUUUCAAAUUUUUGUCGAACAUAAUUGUGUCUUAAUUUGUGAUAAAACGUUAAAACGAAUAUUUGUUGUAUGUUUAAUUAUCAUCAUUGGCGAUCGAGUGUUACUUUCUGUUUUUUAUUUAUCUAAAAACCCAAUAAAACGUACCCAGAUCAUCUAGAUUUAGAAGAAAGUAAAUCAACGAUAACUAAGCAAAGUUUCGUGUUUGUUCACGCAAAACGAUAAGAAAAGCACCAUGAAGAGAACAUCUCAACAUUGCUGGCGAAAAGACGCAUGCCAAAAGGUCAACUGCAAGUUCAUUCAUCCGAGAGGUACACCUCAGUACUGCUGGCAAAAAGAUGCGUGCGUAAAGGACAACUGCAAAUUUAUUCAUCCCAGGGACAGUAACAGUCAAUGCAGUUCGCUAGACAACAAUCCGAAGCCUGAAGGAGCUGAAUGUUUGCAGUCAAACGACGGUAACGUCCAUAGCAGUCCUGUUGAAUGUGGUACAACUUCUAGCACUCGAAGCAAAGAGACCCCUUCUCGAGCGAACGUCGAAAUGGUCAUCGGCAUUGGCAAAGAGAAUGAAUCAUCGACUGAUUUUGAGCAGCGUCGUCAAACCGUUUACAAGGUUCGUUCCGUGCCGACAAUGGUAUUUUACGGUACAAAAUCGCAGGUCGACUCUGCUUCGUGUAACAGUGUUCCCACUCCGCCAAUGCAAUCCGAAUUAAAGAGCACGGAUGUGGAUAUAGUCCGACAUUCUCUGACUAAUAGCUCGGAUACUCACGUCUCAGCUACCGGAACGGGCAAGCAAUCAGUACGAGUUUGGAAGAAAAGCGAACCAAAAGAGACUGGGUCAGUCGUGGAGCCACUUCAUAACAGUAACCUUUCCAAAGCUGGCAAACGUGGCAACAGGAAGAAAUCGGCCAAGGUGCCUGAGAUCCAGCUGAAAUCGAUAGGCGGGAAUUCCGAUCCCAUUCAGUCUAUUGAUGUGAGCAAUUCAGGUCUCCAACUGCCCGACGUUGUGGACAUUUCGAAAGUAAAGCGUGCACCAAAGACGAAUUCUUACCGGGACGGUUCAUCUCGUUCACAUUCUCACCGAGAGAGUUCGCAACAGAGAGGCUUAAACAUGAACGGUUGCGCUUCCGCUCAGUCGAUUACGCCGAUUCAACCGGAAUGGAAUAGCGAUGAGGCUAUGGCAAUCGUUCAGCAUCGCCACAUUAUCGAUGGCAUCAACGACCGAAUAUCGCAAAUCAUUUUGUCGGAAGACUACAGCACCAACUACGAGAAACACGAAGCCAGCAUCCGAAUACUGCGCGACAAUUUGGUGGAAAUGGAAUCGCAUGUGUCCAUUUACGAUUCGGUGAAGUCGAGAGCAUGUCGUGAAUUGUCGUACCGUCCCACCGAACUGCGGAACCAGAUCUAUCGCGAAAUUUAUCGCCUGAAAUGUCGGCUUGGCGCUUUCUCUAAGCGAUUGGACAUGGAGAAAUACUUCGGCAGUGGCGACCGGUUUUUGAUCGUUCAGGGUGAGACGGGCAGUGGUAAGAGUACGCAAAUUCCGCAGUACGUUGCCGAUCAUCCCAGAUUUUACGGGAAAAAGAUCAUUUGUACGCAGCCUCGCAAAUUGGCGGCCAUAUCGUUGGCACGUCGUGUAGCGUUCGAGUAUUCGGGUGGAAUCGUACGGAAUAGUUUGUCGUCGUACAUUGGUUAUCAGGUUGGCGGUGAUAAGCGUCCGAACCGAGGAUGUCGCAUCGAGUUCGUAACGGAAGGAAUUAUGUUGGAGCGAAUAAUGGACGGCAGUAUGGAGUCGUUUAAAGAUGUCGGCUGCAUAAUUGUUGACGAGGCGCACCUGAGAAGCAUCACAUGUGACCUACUGCUCGGCUCGUUCAGGAAGCCCGAUCCGCGUUGGAAAGACACCCUUGUGAUCAUAACAUCAGCUACCAUUGACUUGACGCUGUUCGCGCAAUUUUUCUACAACGCACCAACCGUUCAAAUCGAGGGACGAACGUUUCCGGUUGACAUUAUCUAUCAGCCAGCAGCCGACGAAUCGAAUAUUCAAAGGGCCGUGUCCGAAUGUGCACUUCAAAUCCAUUUGAAUUGUAGAUCAGCGCCCGGCGACAUACUCUGUUUUCUGCCAGGCCUCGAAGACAUAACGAAUGCCAAGGCGAUCUUCGAGAAGGAGUUGAAAAAAGUCUCCGCAAGGAAGUCGGAUCGGCUGGAUGCUGUAGUGUUCAUGCUGUACGGAAAACAGGAUCCCGACAAACAGGCCGAAGUGUUCGAGAAACUGGAUGUGGCCAAGGAGCGGAAAAUUAUCUUUGCCACCGACAUUGCCGAAACGUCCAUCACGAUCGAUGGCGUUGUGUAUGUGGUGGACUCGGGCAUCAGAAAGGAAAUUGUUUUCGAUUCCGAGCGCAACAUCUCGUCGCUCAAGAUAAAUGCAAUUUCGAAAUCGUCGGCAAUUCAACGAUCUGGACGAUGUGGUCGUACCCAACCGGGUGUGUGUUAUAGGCUUUACAGUCAGGAUGAAUUCGAAAGUAUGAACAUCAAUGCAGCACCGGAAGUGCUCUGUCGGCCGAUAUCAUUGGCAGUGCUCACUCUACUGGAAUUGUCGCUGGAUCCUCAGAAGUUCGAUUGGAUCAGUCCGCCGUCAACGGAAGCAAUUGUGAAUGCCGAAAAAGAGCUGAUCAUUCUCGGAGCCGUCGACCUGCAACGUAAGCCGACGGAAUUGGGAAAUUUGAUCGCAAAGUGCCAACAGGAUCCGAAAAUAAUGAAAAUUGUGUACGAUGGCUGCGUGAGGGGACUGGGUGAGGCGGCGUGCAAUGUUGCGGCAAUUUUGAGUGUUUCGAGCAUGUUCUUCUGGAACGGAAACGAUGCCGAAACCAAGGCCAAAGCCCUUCAGAUGAGGAAGAAAUUCGCAAUGCCUGAAGGUGACAUUGUCACGAUGUACCGGAUAUUCGAGGAAUUCAACAGCAUAUACAACGGACGACCGAUGAAAAAGUCAAACGACAGCGAAGGUACAGCCGUCAGAAAACCGGCGUCUGUAUGGUGUAACGACAAUUCGUUGAAUGCUAAAUCAAUGUUCAUGGCAGUGGACACGAAAGUUGAACUGAUGAACCGACUGAAGCGGACGAAAAUUUGGUCGAAAUCGAGUAACCAAAACCAGUUGGCCAGCAAUUCGGACGUUCAGGAGUUAAUGUGUUCCGGAUUCUUCAUCCAAUGUGCGCGGGUCUUUUACUCCAAAAACCACCGGGCUCCGGUCGAAUACUUUUCGGCUGAGUCGGGAGUGACUGGCCGUCUGGAUUUCCGUUCAUCGUUAAAUCUUCUCGACAUCGAAGCACCACCGCCCAAAUGGAUCGUUUACGACAAAAUCGUUCGUCUGCCGAGCACAAUUUUCCCGGUGGCCAGCGUUAUGGAUGAGAACUGGCUUAAAGACACGCAUAACGGCUUCUACAUGACGUGCCUGAAGAAAACCGAAGAUCUGCCGACGCACUUAAUCGAAAUGUCGAUAUCGCAAGUGUCGUUCCGGAUGAUUGUCGGGCGAAAUUUUUGCAAUGUCGAUGCAUUGGAGAAGGAACUGGGCUGUCUAGUAACGGGCGAUGCCGAUACGGGCGUAAUGCAUUUGUACUGUGCACCAGUCAGAUCUUUGAUGGUCGAGCGACAGAUUCGAUCGAAAAUCGACGAUGCUCUCAUGGAGAUCAGGAAUCAGGUCACGGACGACAGUUACAUCGGUGAAACGCGAGUUGUGAUUGGCGAGGGAUACGAAGUGCACGAAAUUCUAUUCGAAAAGGAAUUUUCCACUUUCUACGUCAAAGAUGUGAACGCGGAGCAGUUCGACAAAGCGACACUGAAAUACUUCCUUACCAUCAACGGCGAACGGCUCGCCUCGCUGGAUUACACCGAUUAUGGCAAAACGUACACCGCCGUUGCCAAAUUCAAAUCGAAGAAAGACGCCCAAGCGUCCUACGAUCGCUUUUGUAAGGCUGGUGAAUUUUCGGUGUCUCCCAGUUUCGGCAGCACUAAUGGCAUUCGGCAUGGACUGAACUGUCGAUUGAAAUUGACUUGGCCAACUGCUCGCUCGAAGGGUGUCGCGCACAUUUUCUUCAAUGAAGCAGACGACGCUAAUCGAUUCCUGGACAAUGUCCAGCACAUCUAUCCGAACACUGUCGUUCACGUGGCCGGAGAAACGCAACGGAGCAAGCAACGAAAUUCCCAAUUGAAGUCACAGGGACCACGACCGCCACUGACCUACGUGAAGCGACAAGGAUGUGCGUUCCGGUUUGAUCUAGCUGCGAUUGCUGGUAUGCCGGACAGACGGAAGCUUAAUUACAAAGUGACACUCGUCGGUUUACAGCUGCGCGUCGACAAAGCAGAACUAACCAGCACUUUGGCUGCAUAUGAUCUGAAAGACGUCAUUGUCGAGUACGAGAACUUCACUGCGCCAGAUAGUGGAAACGGUUUAACACCCGACGAAAAGUCAAUCAAACUGAAACACCUCAACCGUUUCAUGGACACAGCCACCAAGACCAGUGACUUCUUUAAGCGAAAUACUGGCGUUGCCGGAAUUUGUGUGUUUUUCACUAGCAAUUCCACUGCGAAACAGGCGUACAAUUAUGCAAAGGCUAAAUACGACUCGAUGAUAACGGAUCCAUCGCUCGGGCCACAUCGUUUGGACAUCGAAUAUACUCACACGAUGUCCAUUCAGAUCGGACUGUACACCUUUUUGCAACCCCAAAUCGAAGCAUUGCAGAAGGAAGCACGCACGAAACGCUUCACUUGCAGCACGACGCCCGUUCAGGACAAUACCAAAACGGUCAUCCUGAAAUUCAACACCAGCAAGCACUCGUUGUUGGGCUGGAUUGAAGCUCAAUUCGACGAACUGGUACGACCGACGAAAUUCGAUUGCCCGCAUUCGGAUGUGCUGUUUACGGGGACGGGACGCUUGGAAAUGAUGAAACUUGCGAAGAAUACUUAUGUCAACGUCAGCGACGACACUCAAAUCAUAUGGGUGUACGGCGAUGCGGAGGUGAAAGAUAAAAGUUGCAAGGAAAUCGAGAGGUUGGCUAACCGUCUCCAUGCGCUGGAUGUGUUGGAUAAGGAAGUUUGGCUGAAACGAACGGUUCGGAUAAACGACAAAGAGGGCCGAAUCAUUACCAACAAAUGCAGAGAGGAGAAGAUUGACUUUCACCGCUUCCACGGCAAUCGAAUCUACAUUUCCGGAUCACAACGGUCCGUCGACGCAAUGUGCACAUUUUUCGCUCAGCGGAAAUACAGUUGGGAUCGCACGAAAGCGAACCGGUUUAAGUUGGACAAAAGCCGAGAGUGUGGUCUGUGCUUCGAAGCACCGGAAAGUGCGUUCAUUAUGCUGAGCGUUUGCAGCCACAUAUUCUGCAGCGAUUGUAUCGAACCAAUGGUGAAUAUGCAACCGCCACCGUUCCCCGUCAAGUGUCCGGUAUGUGAUCAGUUCGUUGCCCUGCAUGAUAUCAAGAAAUUGGCGCCGACAAAGUCAUUGGAGAAAGUGUUGGAAUUGGCCGUGAAGUCGUUUCAACAGAGUCACAGCCAUGAUAUUCGCCAAUGUCCGCAGCCGGGAUGCCAUCAACUUUUGAACUAUGAAUCGAGAACUGCGGGCACCCACGGUGGCGACUUUCUAUUUUGCGACAACUGCAUAAACACCUACUGCAUAGCCUGUUCGGAGAAGAUGGAAAAACCGGUCCGAAGUCACGACGACGAUUCAUGCGAAAACAUCCAGAACGGAGUGUCCAAUUUGGUUCACAAGCACGUUCGCGCUAUACAGGAAACUGUGCUCAAUCUCAGCUGUCCGAAAUGCAAUACGGCGUUCUACGAGUUUGAUGGAUGUGUUGCAGUUACAUGCAGCACUUGCAAGGCAGGAUUUUGUGGCUUAUGUUUGGCCAAUUGUGGAAGCGACGCACACAGUCAUGUUCGAUCUUGCCCGAAAAAUCCCGGCACAGAUUAUUACGUCUCGCAACGGGACCUCCAAGCAGUUCAUUUGGAUAUGAGGAACCGAAAGCUGCGCGACUAUUUGUCGCAACACCGACUCAACUCCACUGUUCACAGACAAAUUAUCGAAAAGAUCCGACCAGAUCUUAUCGACCUGAAGAUGACCGUGCCGGAGGCUACUGCCGAUGCACACGAUGGACCUGUCGCUGAAACAUCGGAUGCUGUCAUGCGACAUGUACGGAAAAUCCAAGAAGAAAUCUUGACGCUCAGUUGUCCCCACUGCAAGGUGGCAUUUUUCGACUUCGACGGUUGUGCCGCUGUGUCGUGUUACUCGUGUCGACGGGAAUUUUGCGGCCUAUGUCUUGAACACACCGACGGCAUAAUCUUAGAGCAUGUUGUGCGAUGCCAACGGAAUCCUGCGACAGGAAACUAUUUUCUUCGUUCCGCAGAACUAAGUAGAAUCCAUGCGGCUGUCAGAACGGAUAGAAUUCAGUCGUACUUCAAUGAUAAACUGGGUGAUACUGCGACCAAAGAACAAGUUCUGGCGCUCAUUCGUGUCGACUUGGUGGAUCUUCAAGUUAAAUUACCCGAAAUAAACGUUCGCCAGCAGCGAGUACGUCCUGCUGUACCAUUCCACAUUCAACAGCUAAUGGAAGAGAGACGAUUAGAGCGCUUAAUGCAAGAUGAGCCGGUUAGACGGGCGGUACCAUUAAGGCAACCAGUUCCGCCAGCUCAGCCCAACAGGAGACCAGCUCCUCAGCCACCGAGACGCGAUUGUUGUAUACUUUAACGAGACCACUGUGCCAUAGAAAAUAUAAAAAAAGUUUUUUU